AUGCCAGCGAGAUUUGUAAUUUUGACAGAGCAUCAGCCCAUACUCUCUGAGAAGCUGCGGUCUCAUGACAUGGCAGAUGUCAAGGGUCGCAAGACUCUGGUUCAGAGCUUGCGCCAGAAGCUGAAGACACAGUUUGUCGAUGCGUCAAAUUAUGACGACAUCAUUGUGGAAACUUGGCUCAAUAACCAUGUCCACCAUGCACAGGAGAAAGCGACAAAAAAGCGUAUGCAUGUUUCUGGCAAGCCCAAUGCCUUCAAGGUGUGGGAUGCGCUGGAGAGGGACAAGGUGACUGAGGCAGCGAGAGCACUUGCAGCAGAAAAGGGUUGCAAUGUCUCCAAGGUGUGGAGAGUCGCACGGAGUGCCAAAUGGGCAAAACUGUCCGAGGAGGAGCAGAAGGUGUAUGAGGAAAAGGCGGAGAGUUGGCGCAAUGGCACUCUGGAUGAUAAGACGAAAAUGAAGCUGAGGGAGCAGCGAAUGAUGCAAUAUCUGAAGAAGUUUGCCAAGACUAUGUGGGACACCAUGGGCAUUCACAUGGCAUUCAUGCUAGCAUAUCCGAAGGAAGCGGGAAGUCUGAAGGUAGAGAUGUGA